AUGUUUGGCAAAGCUACUAUUCUGAACGCGCUUGUCAGCGUUGUAUCUGCAGGUACAAUUCUGUGGGAUGGCCGCUUCAACGAGAUGACCUCCAGCGCCGACCUCGAGAAGUGGUCAUGGGCAAACCAAGUAGGAAAUUAUCAAUACUAUAUCCAUGGAUCGGGCGGUGUGUCAAAAUACGUCAAUCUUUCACCCAGCUACAAAAAUCCUGGGGACACGGGAUCCAAGCAAGGCGCCAAAAUCUCCUUGGAUAGCACGGCAAAAUGGAAUUCAGAUAUGCUUCGCACAGAGCUGAUUCCCCAAACUAAAGCUGCUAUCAACAAGGGUACCGUAUACUACCAUUUCUCAAUUAAGAGGAGCACGACGAAUGUGCCAAGUGCGACAAAUGAGCACCAGAUUUGUUUCUUUGAGAGCCACUUUACUGAGUUGAAGUAUGGCUGGGUAAACGGAGAGUCGGGCACAAGCAAUACAAACCUUCAGUGGAUGGUAGGUGGGCAGAGCAAGUGGAAGGUCGAGCUUAAGGCAGACGAGUGGCACAACAUUGCUUAUGAGAUUAAUUUCUCCUCUAACCAGGUUACCUUUUGGCACUCGACUGGCAACGAUACUCUCGUGAAGACUGCUGGUCCUUUUUCUUCCAGCACUUCCUCGAACGGCGCUGAUUGGCAUUUGGGAAUUCUUCGUCUGCCGCGACAGGGCAAUGAUGGUGGAGCAGAGGAUUGGUAUUUUUCCGGCACUUAUAUCGAGAGUGGUUCGCUCACGACAUCGGUUGCUAGCCCUGCAGCCUAA